AUGAAGUACAGAGCUCUGAGGCGACCCAAGGUUGUUUUAGUUCCCUAUCCAGCACAAGGGCACGUCACCCCCAUGGUCCAAAUGGCUUUGGCCCUUCGUUGCCAGGGUUUCGACCCUGUGAUCGUCAUUCCUGACUUCAUUCAUCGUCGGAUCUUGUCUUCUUCACGACUCCAACAACUACAAGAUGAUCAUGGGAUCGUGUUCAUGUCCAUCCCCUCCGGUUUGGACAAGAAUGAACCACUCAAUUUCUUCACUAUUGGGUUUGCCAUGGAGAGUAAUAUGCCACUACAUUUAGAGCACAUUAUUUGUAGGCUUAGUAAUGGCAGUGAUAAAGAAGAUGGUGUAGUUGCUUGUGUGAUUGUUGAUUUGGUAGCUUCAUGGGCCAUCGAAGUUGCAAACCGUUGUGGUGUCCAUGUGGCAGGAUUUUGGCCUGCCAUGCUUGCUACAUAUCAUUUGAUCACCUCUAUUCCAGACAUGAUCAAAGUCGGCCUCAUUGAUGACUUCGGAAUUCCUCAACAUCAAGGUACAGGAUGCUUUAUGCCAAGUCAAACUCUCCUGACCACUGCAGAUCUACCCUGGUUAGUUGGAAACUCUGCGUCUCAGAAAUCCAGGUUCUCAUUCUGGAUAAGAAUCCUUGAUCGAUUAAGAGCUCUCCGUUGGCUCCUUGUUAACUCUUUCCCUGAAGGAUAUGAUUCUCAAAAACACAAGUAUCAUUUAAUCAAGGGCACCCAAGAUUAUCCUCAUAUAUUCCUAAUUGGACCAUUAACUAGGCAUUCAGGAAACAAAAACCUUAGCUUCUGGGAAGAAGAUAGGAGUUGCUUGAAUUGGCUACAUGAGCAAAAGACUGGGUCAGUCAUCUAUGUGUCAUUUGGAAGUUGGGUGGGCCCAAUUGGGGAAGAAAAGAUUAAUGAACUGGCACUGGGCCUUGAAGCCACGCGGAGGCCAUUCAUUUGGGUUGUAGCGCCUACAUGGCGAAAAGGGCUACCUAUGGGGUACUUGGAGAGGAUAGCUAAGCAAGGUAGUAAGCUAGUUUCAUGGGCUCCUCAGAAAGAGUUGCUUCAACAUGAGGCAAUAGGAUGCUAUCUCACUCACUGUGGCUGGAAUUCAACAAUGGAAGCCAUACAAUGCGGAAGACGUUUACUGUGCUAUCCAGUCUCCGGUGACCAGUUUGUAAAUUGUAAAUACAUCGUCAAGGUGUGGGGGAUUGGAGUGGAAAUGCAUGGCGAUGGACGGAGAGAUGUCGAGGAUGGUGUGAGGAGGGUGAUGGAAGAGGGUGAAGAGAUGCAGCAGAGGAUCUUGGAAUGGAAGGAGAGAGUUUUGGGUGAAAAGGGUAGCUCAGGAGCUGCUGCUACUCUAACAGCCUUUGUAGAUGAUCUCAAGAGAUCAAUAAUUUGA